AAUGUCACUAUUAUUUACUAUUUCCAUCUCCGUCACGACUAAAUAAAAGUAAAUGUCGGCAUGUCGGCAGUAUGUACAUAAUAAUAUAAACAAAUAAAUUAAUAAAUAAAUUAUAUGUGAUAACGUUUUAUACUUAAAUAGUUAUUAAACGAAAUAAAUAAUACGAUGGGCGUGAUAGGAUUAUGGAAUAUAAUAACACCACUUAGUAAAGCUGUUGCUUUAGCUGAACUACGUGGUAAAAGUGUUGCUGUUGAUCUGAGUUGCUGGAUUGUUGAUAGUUCCAGCGUUGGCCCUGAUGAUGGAUGUCUUAACAAACAUUUACGGAAUAUUUUUUUUCGUACUGUGGCCUUGUUGAUGAACGGAAUAAAUCCAAUAUUUGUUCUUGAAGGCACAGCACCGGUUCUAAAACACGAUGUCAUACGUGAAAGAAGUCAAAUGCGUAAUAAAAAAAAGACAGAGACUAAGAAAGAUAAUCAAAGAUCAAAUGGCCGUGGUUAUAUGUUCAAUCGUACGGUUAAUGAUUGUAAAAUAAUGUUGAACUUAAUGGGAUUGACGUGUGUCAAAGCACAGGGCGAAGCUGAAGCCAUGUGCGCUUACUUAAAUCAAGAUGGGCUGGUCGAUGGUUGUAUAACACAGGACAGCGAUUGUUUUUUGUAUGGAGCAAAAAUAGUCUAUAGGAAUUUUACAAUAACUGAUAAAAUGGGAUUCGGCAGCUCAGUUGAAGAAUAUUCAUUAGAGAGGAUAGAAAAAAUUUACAGUAUUGGUCGUAAUAAAAUGAUCGGACUGGCUUUGUUGUGUGGUUGUGAUUAUGAUUCUGGAAUUCCCGGAGUUGGUAAAGAAGGGGCUGUUAAAUUGCUACGCGCGGCUAAUGAAAAAGACAUUUUAAACAGGCUUAAAAAUUGGAGGACAGAUGGAAGUAUUUAUAAAUUAGAAACUGCUGUUGCUGCAUCUAAAAAUAUUUCAGAUGAAAUGAAAAAAUUGAUAUCAAAUGAAUUAUUGAUUCGUAAAAAAUGUAUUGCAAUUGAUAGCUUUCCAAAUCAAGAUCUUAUUGAUGAAUUUACUAUUCGUAAAGGCAAAGUUCCCAGGACAAUAACUAAAUGGGAGUGUCCCAAUAUAUUGGAGUUAAUUAAAUUUAUGGAGAAAAAAUUAAAAUGGACCGCUGAUUAUACUAUUGAAAAAUCAUUUCCACUAUUAACGCGGUGGCACAUUGAAAACCAAUCAAGUUUAACACCGAAGCCAUCGACGCCAUCAACCAGCGAAUUAAUUCCGAAAGUAAUUAAAAAAAUUCGCACUAUUCAAUCAGUGUGUUACUAUGAAAUUGAGUGGGAUGUAGUCAGUGAGAUUGAAUGCUUUAUUAAAUUAGGAGAGGACGAAAGCGAAGAUAAUUGUAAAAAAAAUUUAAUAACUACAUUGGAACCAAUUGAUCUAGUUAAAUUAGUUUAUCCGAAUUUAGUUGAAGCAUUUGAAGAAACGAAAAAUGCAAAAAAAAAAUCUCGUAAAAAACCUAAGCCUGUCGAGGGUGACAAAGAAAACGUGGUAAAGCCAAAAAAUAGUAGAAAGAUAAAAUCAAAGCCUGAAGAAGGACAGGAAAAAAAAAUAUAUGAUUUUUUUAAGAAAACAAAGAGUACAAAAAAGUCUAAUAGUCAGGAUAAUUUAAAGUUGGGUGAAUUAAAUGGUUCAGUCAGUAGUUUAUUUGAUGAUUUAGCUGAACAAGAUUUUUCAACUGACGUUGACGAAGACGCUCCGGACAUGUCGAUGAUUGUAGAAAAAUUAUGCCAGCACAUUGACCUACCCACUGCCAAUAAUAAAAAAUUGAUUGAUAAUAUUCCGUCAGUUGAAACAAUUACUACUUCAAGUGAUGACGUUAUUAGUACAGAAUUAAAAGAUAAUUGUUUGAAGGAUGAUUUGGAUGAAUUUGAUAUUCCAUACAUCCCUUUAAGCGAUCGUAUUAAAUAAUUAUCACUAAUCACAGUGUAUAUUUAAUUCCAUAAGAUCAUUAAUCAUUAAUCAAUUACAAGUUUAUAAAUUUUUAACUUAAUCCAGUCGUUUUUUCUAUUUAUAUAAAAAAAAAAAAAAUAAUUAAUACAAAAAUCAUCGUUUCGAGUAAAAGAAAUCAAUAAUAAUAAUUAAUGUUACUAUUAUUAUCGUAAUCAAUUAAUAUAAAUGUUUUGUAAGUUUUUAAUUACGAUCUUAUGGCCAUUAAAUGCGUGAUAUUGUAGUAGUAAAAAUAAAAUCAUAAUUAUUUUUAUA